AUGUUGGGACAGAGAUGUUCAAUAGAAACCAGUGGAAUGGCUGUCAGCAAGACUCGUAAUUAUUUGUCUGUCUUUCAGUUCUAUGAAAAGUCCCUUCAGGCUGAUGCUCCACAGUCAUUUUCCAAUUUCACCGGCUCUGUGGAUGAACGUGGAACCUGCCAGUGCUCUGUUUCUCUGCCAGACACCACCUUUCCUGCGAACCGAGUGGAACGCUUGGAGUACAUAGCUCACACCCUGUCUGUGAAGUUUGAGAAGGAGCUUUCUAAAGUGAAGAAAUAUGUUCAAUUAAUCAGUGUGUAUGAAAAGAAACUCUUAAACCUAACUGUCCGAGUAGAGAUCAUGGAGAAGGAUAGCAUUUCUUACACAGAACUGGACUUUGAGCUGAUCAAGAUAGAAGUGAGCGAGAUGAAGAAACUGAUCAUACGGCUGAAGGAGAAUUUUGUUGGAAGCACAGAAAUUGUUGACCAGCUGGAAGAGGAGAUAAGGAAUAUGUCUCUCCUGGUAGAGGAUCUGGAGACACUAGACAAAAACAAUGUCCUUGCCAUUCGCCGAGAAAUCGCGGCCCUAAAGAACAAGCUGAAGGAAUGUGAGACCUCUAAAGAGGAAAACUAUCCAGUCAUCCUGCCUCCUGCUCCAGGAAGCUGUAGUCACGGUGGUGUGAUGAACAUCAGCAAACCGUCUGUGGUUCAGCUCAACUGGAGAGGGUUUUCCUUUCUUUACGGUGCCUGGGGUCGGGAUUACUCUCCCCAGAAUCCAAAGACAGGGCAGUAUUGGGUGGCGCCUUUGGAGACGAAUGGGAGGACAUUGCAAUAUUACAGACUCCACGACACUCUGGAUGAUUUGCUAUUGUACUCAAAUGCUCGAAGCUCUCAGAUUGGCUAUGGCCAAGGCAGUGGUACAGCAGUUUACAACAACAACAUGUAUGUUAAUUGGUACAACACUGGGAAUAUUGCCAAAAUUAACCUGACCACUAACAGGGUUGCUGUGACUCGAGCGUUGCCUAAUGCUGCCUAUAAUAACCGUUUUUCAUACGCUAAUGUUGCUUGGCAAGAUAUUGACUUUGCUGUGGAUGAGCAUGGACUGUGGGUGAUUUAUGCCACGGAAGCCAGCACUGGUAACAUAGUGAUAAGCAAACUCAAUGACACCACCCUCGAGGUACUGAAUACUUGGUUUACGAAGCAGUACAAACCGUCUGUUUCUAAUGCCUUCAUGGUUUGUGGGGUUCUCUAUGCCACCCGUACGUUGAACACCAGAACAGAAGAGAUUUUUUACUACUAUGACACAAACACAGGGAAAGAAGGGCAUCUGAGCAUUACAAUGAAUAAGGUGAAGGAAAGAGUGCAGAGCAUCAAUUAUCACCCCUUUGACCAAAAACUCUAUGUCUAUAAUGAUGGCUACCUUCUGAAUUAUAAUCUUAUCUUCCUACAGCAACCCCAGGAAACUGCUAGGCAUUAG